AUUUCAUAGCAACACGAAAUUCGUGGCUCCAAAUUCUUUCUGUACCUGCAUAUUCUCCGUCAUGUCCCCCUCAGCCACAGCGACCGACGAUCCUCUCUUCACACAGCAAGAGAUUCCAGGAAAAGGGAAAGGACUUGUCGCAAAUCGUAGCAUACCGGCUGGCACGCUUCUGAUCAGUGAAGAACCUCUCUUCACCACAGAAAGUCUGCAAGAUGCGGACACAAUCGAGAAAGACCUUGCCGCAAUAGUCAAAGCCCUUCCCAAAGACGGCCAACGAGCCUUCCUAUCCCUGCACAACAAUUUCAAAGGCGAACCCAACCCAUUCAGCAAUAUCGUCCGUUCCAAUGGCUAUCCUCUGGGCCCCAGCAGUGGCAUCGGCGGAAUUUUCCCUCUCGUCUCCAGAAUAAAUCAUUCUUGCCUGCCCAACGCGCAGCAUUCCUGGAACAGCACACAAAACCGCAUGCUGGUUCAUGCAGUUCGAGAAAUCGAAGAAGAUGAAGAACUCACACUUUCCUACCUCAAUGGCGGACCUUCGACGACCCGACAAGAAAUCCUAAAACAGAAUUUUAGAUUUACGUGCACUUGCGAAUUGUGCUCGCUUUCCCCGCAACAGCUCAAAAUUUCCGAUGCGCGGCUCAAGCGCGCUCAAGAACUCGACUCCAGUAUCGGCGACCCAAAGACUGUACGCAAUGCUCCGGAACGCGCAUUGAGAGAUUGUAGAGCUCUUCUCGACAUCUACCAGAAAGAGAAGGUGUCGGAUCUGCGGUUGCCUAGGUUAUACUACGACGCGUUCCAGAUCGUCGCAAUGCAUUCGGACGCUGCACGAGCCGCGGCUUUUGCGAGAAGAGCGAGGGAGUCGAGGACAAUUUGCGAGGGAAAGGACAGUGAUGAGGUGGAGAAUUUGUUCAUGCUGGAAAAGAGCCUGGAGAUGUAUGAGAAUUUUGGUGUGACAAAGAAGUGGAAGUCGAAGGUGGGAGAUGGGCUGACAGAAGAAGAGGAGGAGAAGUUUGAGAAGUGGUUGUGGAUGGAGAAGUCGUGAUGAGCGACUGGAGGACUACACAUGACGUGUUGUGUACGCAUCCGCUCUCGCUUGUUUAGCUUGGCGAGGAUAUGGGCUAUUUGCAUCCUUCUGCGCUACCAUUUCCCCGCUACCGCAGUAUCAGUGAGAGCUAUACACCCUUUGGCGGCUUCGGCAAACACAUUUCGCGCUCCAGAAGUGGCUUCAGCCUUGGACAAUCGCCAUGAACAGUCACUCUCUUGAGUCCUCUGAACCUGCGCAGCCAAUUGAUCAUCUCGAGCCUCAAUGCGCUGCGUAGAGGCCCUGGCCGUCCAUUACUGCGAAGAAUCGUUUCCGGCUCGGACGCCCAUAUGUCAACUUCUCGAAGUGCAGCCAGAUGCUGAAUCAGGCCAUCAACCUCUUGGACGUGGAAAGAUAUCCAGCUGCGAUCAAGUAUGAAAGCAAGGCGAUGGACAUGUGGCAAUCUUCUUGGACUAGUGAACGAAUGGAACCGAUUGUGCGAUUCAACGGUCCGGAACAAAAAGGUUUCAGACGAUAGAAGAUGGGGAGAGCUUCGUCGUGGAGCUAUUGCAACGUCAGUCCGCAGUUUCUCUCCGAAAAGCUCAAGCACUUCCCUGAUGGUUGACCCGAAGAAUUGAGAGAUGCUCACCGAGCUCAGGUCCGAGCAGCAAUUCGCGCGGGAUGGAAUUACUGCGCCCGUAAUUCUCCGCCGACCUUGGUAUCAGGUCUAUUCCACUGAUCUCUGUGUGCUUGUCUCGGGUCAGAGGACAGAGACGAACUUUUUUUGCUUGCGACCAGAUACAGACACCACUCUUUGGGAGUACCAGAGCCUGCUUAAGAAUCAUUUCACGUAUCUCCAACGGCAAAUCUAGGAGUCGAAAGGUUCCGCUUCUAGUCAUGCCUUGACGAAGCCCGAGGAACAUGGGGACAGACCGAAGAUCGAGCGACCAAGUCGCCUGUGCAAUUGAAGCUAUGUCUGACACUCCGGGUGCAUGGGCGACAAUAGGCACCUCGUAUGUCGACAAUGCAGCACUGAAUUUUCUGCUGAACGUCCAAGCCUUCGACUCAUUCGAUCUCUCGUCGGCCGUGCGUUAGAAAUUUCUGAGACCGAGCCUACAGAAGACUCCCACUGCUAUGUUGCCGUAAUACUGGAAUGUUCGGAUGAUCCAUUGCAUGAUGGUGACCUCCGAUUGCGCCUCGUUGUCGUCACUGAGAAGCGCGAUAGCCAUGAUAAUCAAUUGUGCUGCAGUGAAGGGAGGUGCAGUGGUAACCGAGCCUUUGUGAGGCCCUAUCAACUCUUGGAUCUCGCGUUGGAAGCUCCGAAGGUCAGUGAUAUCGGAUGCCAUGCUGGUAUGAAAUGCAGGUUUGGAUGGGUGAGGCCAGAAAUUUUCUAUUGAGGCACAAGGGCAGUCUUAUCUACUUGCCUCGUGUUUGCUGCACAUGAACGAUCUCACGAUCGCUCUUUCUCGAAAUGAGAGCAGACUGAAUUCGAAUGCUUGAGAUAUUGCCGAAGGCGUGGAAGAACACUUCACGACUCAUUUCGUUGAGCGUAGAUUUCUGCGCAUUGCACUAGUCUCUAUAUGCUCCCGCGUAGUA